AAUGAGAAUUAAUAGAAGAAAAGCCUAGUUAAAGAGAACAACUCGAUAAAGGCUAAAGCAUAACUGUAUUAUAAGCUGGCAUUACUUCCCUCCUUUAUCUUUACAAAAACCUAAACAAAUCCCUAAGAAAUCAUAACACAAUUCAAAAUUUCAUACUCAUUAAGCGCAAGAUCUAAGGUGCCACUAUACACAAAAUCCAAGUAAGAAGAAGAAGAAGCAUGAAUAAGGGAAGAGAAGGCAAAGGAGCAGCACCCUCUACAGAUCUGUUAGUAUGUUUCCCAUCUCGAACUCAUCUUCGUCUAAUGCCCAAGGCCAUUUGCAGCCCCGUUAGGCCUUUAGAGCCUAACAAAUGCCACCGCCACCACCAGCGGAAGAGAUCAAUUUCUAGAGCUAGUGGUGGCGGCCAAACCAGUAGUCCAAUGUUAUGGACUAAAAGCAAAUCUACUGGCUCCGAGAAUUCGGAGCCAACUUCUCCAAAAGUUACAUGCGCCGGACAGAUCAAAGUGAGGCAUAAAAACACUGCUUCAAGGAGUUGGCAAUCUGUGAUGGAAGAGAUAGAGAAAAUUCACAACAACAAGAAGCAAAAGAAGCGUCUAAAUUGGGCUGAAUCUCUUGGUUUCAAGAAGGAGAUCAUGCAUUUCUUCACUUGUUUACGAGCAGUACGCUUCGAUCUUCGUUGCUUUGGAUCGUUCUCCGGAACCGAUAUAGUAACAGAAGACGACGAAGAAGAAGACGACGGUGAAGAUGAAGAUGAAGAUAAAGAUGAAGUAUAUUACAAAAAUGAUCAUGUUGGUGUAGACGAGAGUCACGACAACGACAACGAAUCAUCCAAAGCCGUCUUCUCGAAAUGGUUCAUGGUGUUGCAAGAGGAUAAAAAUAAUGAAGUUCACAAAGAAGAAGAAAAAAAGAAGGAAAUUGGUGAUGGAGAUGGUGAUGGAGAUGGAGAUGGAGAUGGAGAAAUCUCUGUGCCUCCUCCAAACGCAUUAUUGCUCAUGCGUUGCCGAUCUGCUCCGGCGAAGAGUUGGUUGACAGAAAGCGAAGAAGAAGGUGGAAAUAAUAAUGUAAAGGACAACAAUUCACAUAAAGAGAAAGAGAGAGAAAAAGAAUUAGAACAAACACAUGUAAAGAAAGGACAAAGCUUAAAAUCAUUGAUGGAGGAAGAGAAGAUAAAUAAGAAAGAGAAUUUGUUAGUGAUGAGAUACAAUCCUGAAUUUUACGGUAUUUCAACUGAUAUUGCAGCAGAGACAUGGAUAGUUGGUGGAUUACCAGAUCCAAUGUCAAGGAGUCGAAGUUGGAAAAGAUGAACUAUCAUAGUUUCCAAAAUAUUAAUUAUUCUUAUUUUUUCUUUUCUUUUUGUUUUGCUUUGUUUUCAAGCAUUGAUACAAAGAUUGUGUUGUGUCAACUCUCAUGAGAAUAUUCACUGGGAAAUUUAAUGUUAAAAUCCCAGUUUUAGAAACUCUGAUCAUUUUUUUUU